UCAGACUGUACACUUCAGUCACAGUUUUGGAGAUCACCGAGCAAAGACACUUUCAAAUCUAAAGAUGCCAGGAAAAGUUGCAAGCAAGAAGGGCGAGAAGAAGGCCGCCACCAAGACAAAAGUCGCCACCGGGGACAAGACCAAGAAGAGGAGACGCGUCCGCAAGGAAAGCUACUCCAUCUAUAUCUACAAGGUCCUCAAGCAGGUCCACCCCGAGACUGGUAUCUCCUCAAAGGCCAUGAGUAUCAUGAACUCCUUUGUCAAUGACAUCUUCGAGAAGAUUGCUACUGAGGCCUCCCGUCUGGCUCAAUACAACAAGAAGUCUACCAUCACCAGCAGAGAAAUCCAGACUUCAGUUCGUCUCUGGCUGCCAGGAGAGCUCUCCAAGCAUGCCGUCUCUGAGGGAACAAAGGCUGUGACCAAGUACACCAGCAGCAAAUAAACUCUUUGACUGCACCCCUGCCUUCUUCUUUACUAUCAACCGGCUUUUUUCAAAGCCACCCAUUUCACAAAUGAUUCUCACUUGAUCGUUUUUUUAUGAUUGUCAUUAUAACACUUUAUUACCAUCAUAAAUCAUUGCAUAAUAUGUG